AUCCGUAGCUCUCCUGUCAUGUCACAAUGGGAAUCAUUACCAACAUGGUUGCAAAAUCAAGUUAAACAAAUUGAAGGAGGAUUAUUAUCGUCGUCGCUUGCGUCCCUCAAAUCGCUCAACCGCUCAAUCUCUUCUAAAGAGUUCUCUGAUCAUUUACGUCCUUACUUUCAAACACUCAUUCCCCUUUUUUUCGUUCAUCUCGAUCCAAGGCUCGUUCCCCAUGAGAUCACUCCAGAUUCUGUACAUUCAAUCAUGCUCGCUAAGGUGUCUAUCAUAAGCAUUAGUUGCCUAUGCGGAGGGAAUCAAGGGGAAUUAUGCGGUGCACCCCAAUUUCGUCAGAAGCUGUCCGACGCUAUGCAUUCGAAUUGGAGUGGGGUGUUUGCAUGGUUCAAUUUUUCUACCAUAAUUUCCUCGUCCCGCGGGAUGACCCAGUGGCACGCCUACACAGAAUCUACAGCGUAACCUCGCAGGAAGCUGCCAGCACCUCAACACUGUUCAUCUAUGUGGCUAGCGUGCUUCCCGGUGUUGUCGCAGAUCUCCAUCGAACAACGCCAAAGAUCGAGGGAAUCAUCAUGGAACUCUGGUACUUGGUAACGGAUAUCAAAUGCGAAGAUUGCAUUGUUGAUCCAUAUAUUCGCCACUGGCGUCAGGACUUCAACAUGCUUCGCGCAUUCAUGGCGCAUGUAGUCCCCUCGUGCGUGUACUAUGAGCCUAGCACUCCUCUCCCGCCUUUGACAUCGCUCAUCGAAACCGCUGGAGGAAGGAUUCCUAUUGUAUUGGCUGCUCUCAAAUGCCUACGUUUUGCGGGAAAGGGAGUGGCUCAGAGAGACCGCGACGUUGUCAAGCAUGACCUUGAUCUUAGCUCCUUGAAUACUCUCUCGUUGACGUGCAAGCAAACGCUCAUCUUUAUGUUUGCUACAAGCCAGGCAGACCCUGUCAUUUGCGAACUUUUUCUCACACAUUGCUCGAUGCGCACAGUUCUCAACACGUUAGCCGGAAUAGGAACGCGUCCAGGUCCAGAACCUGAUCUAGAUCCUACCAAUGAAAACUUCUGUCAAAAGACUACAACAAAGCGGGCUGCUAUGGCUAUUGGUCAGCAGUACAUAUCAUUCGUGUUGGUGUGUUCUAAUAAUCCCAUUGAAACUGCCUGCCACGCCCUUCGUUGUUGUCUUCUGGAGGUUCUCCUACGGAACGGUGUAUUCCCUUCCGAAAAUCGCUUACAGAAGUCCAGAUGGUCGGAUUAUGACAUCAGGAUUUUGAACAGCUAGGGGGGGCGUUAAUCUAUGAGAGGGUCGUUCGUAUCGCCUCGAUGUCUAUGCAAUACAUCGAUUCUCAGCGCCUUUACGUCCAUGCUAUGCAUGAUCCAACAUCAUGGGGCUCGCUGUUGACCUUCAAAGAGAUCCCUUCGCGGCGUUGGAGGAUUCUCUCUGCGUUAACGCCGUAUACACGCCCAGGGUACGAACAAACCUGUGGAGGUCCCGAGGUAUGAACUUUCCGUGUCAAGUUUGGC